UAACACUAACACACUAUGACGAACGUCAUCAACGUGCGCCUCCUGUUGUGUUGUCCGCGCUAUUUAGCAGCGUGUUUUGGUUAGUGGUGUGCUACAACUGCCGUUACGGGCAUAGUUUUCUUUUUUCUACAACGUGUCAUUUCUUAGUUAUGGAUAUGGACAGUGCCAGAUUGGUGGUGCUGCAGACCCUGACUCAGGCCACCAGCCAGGACACAGCGGGGCUGAAGCCUGCAGAGGAGCAGCUCAAACAGUGGGAGACCCAGCCCGGAUUCUACUCUGUCCUCCUGAAUAUUUUCAACAACCACAUGCUUGACGUGAAUGUCAGGUGGCUUGCUGUGCUCUACUUCAAAAAUGGCAUUGACCGCUACUGGAGGAGAGUGGCCCCACAUUCCUUGUCGGAAGAGGAGAAGACAUCACUGCGUGCUGGUCUAAUUACAAAUUUCAAUGAGCCAGUCAACCAGAUCGCCACCCAGAUUGCAGUGCUGAUAGCCAAGGUGGCCCGUUUGGACUGUCCCAGACAGUGGCCAGAGUUGAUUCCCAUUCUGAUGGAGUCUGUGAAGGGCCAGGAUGGCCUGCAGCAACACCGAGCCCUGCUCACCUUCUACCACGUCACCAAGACCCUGGCAUCUAAGCGUCUGGCCCAGGACCGGCGCCUCUUUGAGGACCUCGCAUCGGGGAUCUACAGCUUUGCCUGUUCCCUGUGGAGCCACCACACCGACUGCUUCCUCCAGCAGAUCUACGCCAGUGACGAGGCCGCCGCUCUCAGUUCGCUGGAGAGGACGCUGCUGUCACUUAAAGUGCUUCGCAAACUGACAGUGCAUGGAUUCCAGACGCCGCAGCAAAAUAUGGAAGUGAUGGGCUUCCUGAAUGCCGUCUUUGAGAGGCUAAAACAGUUCCUGGAAUGCUGUCGCCGAGUUGGAAAAGACGGCACAUGCAGAGAGAAGCUGGAGAAAACAAUUAUACUUUAUACUAAAGUGUUGCUCGACUUCCUGGACUACCACCCGGUUGCAUUUAUCUCGCUGAUCCAGCAGUCCCUGGAGUUUGCGGUCAGCUACCUGUUCACGCACGUCGGAGAGGGGGUCACCUUCGAGCGGUUCACCGUGCAGUGCAUGAACCUCAUCAAGAUGAUCCUCCAGAACCACACGUAUAAACCUGCCAAGAACAUCGAAGACAGCAAGCCUGAGAGUCUGGAGGCUCACAACAUCAAGACGGCCUUCUUCACACACCCCACGCUGACGGAGAUCGGACGUCGGCUCGUCUCACACUACUUCCUCCUCACCGAGGAAGAGCUGGCCUUGUGGGAGGAGGACCCCGAGGGCUUCGCUGUAGAGGAAACGGGUGGGGACUCCUGGAAGUACAGUCUAAGGCCAUGCACAGAAGUACUCUUCCUAGAUUUGUUCCACAAAUUCAGCCAGACCAUGACACCGGUGCUACUGGAGAUGGUGCAGAACCUGCAGGGACCGACUAACGUGGAGGAUCCCGUUCAGUUGCUGAUAAAGGAUGCAGUGUACAAUGCAGUGGGCCUGGCAGCGUAUGAUCUUUUCGACAACGUGGAUUUUGACGAGUGGUUCAAAAACCAACUUCUAGGGGAGCUCCAGGUCAGCCAUCACAGGUACAAGCUGAUCCGGAGACGGGUCAUCUGGCUCAUAGGCCAGUGGAUAUCUGUGAAGUUCAAAUCCGACCUUCGACCUCUACUCUACGAGGUCAUACUGAGCCUCAUGCAGGAUCCGGACCUGGUGGUGCGGAUCGAGACUGCCACUACUUUGAAGCUCACAGUCGACGAUUUUGAAUUCAGGACUGAGCAAUUUCUUCCAUACUUGGAGUCAAUCUUUGGGCUGCUCUUCCAGUUGCUGCAGCAGGUGACGGAGUGCGACACAAAGAUGCAGGUGUUGCAUGUCAUCUCCUGCGUCAUCGAGAGGGUCCACAUCCAGAUCCGGCCAUACGUAGGCUGUCUGGUGCAAUACCUGCCUCUGCUCUGGAAACAGUCUGAGGAUCAUAACAUGCUGCGCUGUGCCAUUCUCACCACUCUCAUCCACCUUGUCCAGGGCCUCGGAUCAGAGAGCAAGAACCUGUAUCCCUUUCUUCUUCCUGUCAUCCAGCUGAGCACUGAUGUGUCGCAGUCUCCACAUGUAUACCUCAUGGAGGAUGGACUGGAGCUGUGGUUGGUCACGUUGGAGAACAGCCCUGCCAUCACCCCGGAGCUACUCAGGAUUUUCCCCAACAUGUCAGCCUUGCUUGAGCUGACCUCAGAGAACAUGCGGACCUGCUUCCAAAUCAUCAAUGCCUACAUCUACCUGUCUGCGACCGAUUUCCUUCAGAACUAUGCAGAGGCCCUGUGUCGAUCCUUCUGUCAUCUUCUCAAAGACAUCACUAAUGAAGGACAAGUUCAAGUGCUCAAGGUGGUGGAAAUAGCGCUGAAGGUAAGCCCCAUACUGGGGGCCCACAUGUUCCAGCCCCUGCUGCCAGCUGUCCUCCGAGGCGUCGUAGACGGAGAGAGGUACCCCGUGGUGAUGUCGACUUAUCUGGGCAUCACAGGCCGUGUCCUGCUGCAGAACUCCAGUUUCUUCUCCUCUCUGCUCACACAGAUGGCCUCUGAGUGCAACCAGGGGAUUGACCAGUUGCUGGGCAAUGUGAUAGAGAUGUGGGUAGACCGCAUGGAUAACAUCACCCAGCCUGAAAGGAGGAAGCUUUCGUCCCUGGCCCUGCUCUCUCUUCUCCCAUCGGACAACAGUGUGAUCCAGGACAAGUUCUGUGGCAUCGUCAACAUCUGCGUGGAGGCGCUGCACGACGUGAUGACCGAGGACUCUGACACGGGCACCUCCAGAGACUGCAUGCUGAUGAGCAAUUUUGAGGAGCCCAAACUAAGUGAGGAUGAGGAGCCACCCACUGAGCAGGACAAGAGGAAGAAACUGGCCAGCAGACAAGUUCCUGCUGGCUCUGAAGGCCCACCACUGGAAGAGAGUGGUGAGGAAAAGAAGGUCGUGAGCAAUAGACUGAAGCUGGCCCUUGAGGACCCGGUGCACAGCGUGUCCCUGCAGCAGUUUGUGUACGAGAAGCUGAAGGCCCAGCAGGCGCUGAUGGGGGACCAGGCCUUCGGUGUUCUGAUGGAGACAGUGGACACAGAGAUCGUCCGGCAGCUCCAGGAGUUCCUGCGAGGCCUCUGAGGCAAAGCCCCCCCUUCCCAACACACACACACACACACACACACACACACACACACACACACACACACACACACACACUGGUCAUACCUGAUAUCUGUCAUCUACUGGAAGGGCAGAGGACAUCGGACCCCAACAAACCCACAUACAAACACCCUGCCCCCUAGUUCAGCCUUAUCAAUAUUCUGACUGGACCAUGACUACCAUCUGCAGCUUUACUCCUUCCACUUCUAUCCUUAAGCCCAAAUUAAUUAGCUUUGAUGUUCCUUGGCCCAACUCGCAUCCUAGCUACACACAAGCACCGUUGUGGUUGUUUUUAGCCCCGGACAAACCUUCAAGUCCCUGUUAAAGUGCCGUAGAGCUUCCAUUCCUGUACUCUUGCGACGUUAAAUUUCCUGUUGUUUAAGAAGAAGGGAUAGAAUUGUGGAGGGAAGGCAAAAUUCAAAACUGUGUGCGUGUGUAAGAAUAGAUGCAGUAGGAUGCAGAAUGAUAUAGCGGAAAAGGAAAUUGUUGCCAGAAGGGGCGCCACAGACUUUCUCAUGGAGAAAACCAAACGGAUCGGAGGUUGAAGAAGUGCGGAUGGCCUCCACUUGACGGACCGAAGCAGUGUUUACAGAACCCAAUUCUCCCAGAAGAGUUUCAUGAAAGAACAAUGUCAUUUUGUACAUAUGUUAGGAACGAAUGAUAUGACUGCGUGAUGAGUUUUGGAUUUUUAGUUUGCUUUUAUUUCUUGAUUUGUUUUCAACAAUUUGAUAUUUUCUUAUUAACCAGGUUCAAGUGACUACUGAGAGAUCUAGAGACCAUCUUUUAUUUUUUAUUUGGGAGGGGGGAAUUCAUCUAAUUAACUGGGUGAUUCAAAGUGGUUAAUUUGUAAAAACCACGUUUGUAUUUGUAAUAUUUCCUGCUGCUAAUUCAUGGUGUGUUAGAGCACUUUAAUAACCAAAAUAAGUGAUGUUCAGAACGCCUUGGUUUUUCUCUUGGUGUCACACUCCACCAGGAGGCGCUGAAGCUAAAUCAAUUUUUAUUUCAUUUAACACUUUUCAUAGUUUUGUUAUGAUAGCCACAACUAUGUUAUCCUUCGCAGCGUGUACAGUCAAAGCCAGCUACGCACACCAGGCCAUACAUUAGUGAUUAGGCCGUACCCAGUUAGUCAAAUAUAGAUGAGGACAAAUGUGAUCGUCCACAAAUAUAUGUUGAGACGUUUGGUAGUACCCAAACCAAAUUAAUCAUGACUAGAAUCGUUGACAACCACAUUGGAUUACCUGAGUCUGGCAAGUCUGUGGUAUAUUCUUUUAUUUAGGGGUAAUUAGUUUUAUUUUUAUGAAAUUCAAUCUAUAUAUAACUGAACGCAAUUGCCGAUGUGAAUCAGAUUGAAAAUAUCCGAUCACAAUGUAUGUUAUUAUCAUUAUUAUGGGUUUCUUAGCGUUCUCGGCCACCGCUAAGAGAUGGACCCCUUGCUAACUAUCGCGAUCCUGUGAUGGUCGGCUAGCAGGGGUAAUCACAGCCUUAUGCUUGAAGCCUUAUCUCUCAUUAUCCGUGGCCUGGGUGAAAGGGGACUUGCAUUUCAUCUAUUUUUGAGCUACACUAUAGAGGGUUUUUUAUUAUUUAGUUUUCAUUUGACAGUUUGUGUAGAGAUGGCUAGGACAAGGUUUUAGAACACAGCAUGCACCAGAGGCAAUUUUUGGUUUACUGAAUUUCCUGGUAUAGCAGGAGUGCAUCUUUGUUUAUUUUUUGCGUUUCAAACCCUUCAAUAAAAGUCAUUACUCUACCAAAA